AUGAGUACUUCCUCAUCAAUAUCCAGUACUAAAACUGAUUCUGCAUCAGCUUCCUCCACAUCACUGCCUACAAUUGUUUCCUUUUCAACAAAACAGUCAUCUGCGACGGACUCUUCAGCAACUGCUGCUACACUGGUGUCUAGCUCCAACACUGACCCCACAGGACCCAAUGGGUGCAGUGCUACCAACAAUCAAUUCUGCAAAGACAAAAGUAAUGGUCUCUAUGAGUACACUGCCAAUCCACAUUAUUUCAUAGAGUGUUCUGAAGGAAGCUGCUUUUUAAUGUCUUGUCCUGCACAACUGGUUUAUUAUGCAAGUAAAAGAUAUUGUGACUUUCCUGCUAUCACUACUCCUAGUUCAGAUGUAACCACCACCACAACUGUAAUUCCCACUACAAUAACUUUGGCAGCUGCUACAUCACCAACAAGUACUGCAUCAUUUUCUUCAACAUCUCAUACUUUUCCAACAAGUCAGUCACCUACAACAGAAUCAGCCUUCCCAUCUAGUUCAUCAUCUACAACUACAACUACAAGUAGUACCUCUGUCAUAUCAUCUGCAUCAAAAUCAGACACGACAGUGUUUUCCUCCACAUCAGUACCUACUCUUAACACUAAUUCUGCACCCACUGCCUCCUCACCAACAAUCAGCACUAAAACUGACUCUGUACCAACCUCCUCUACAUCAAAUCCUGGUACUUCCACUGAUUCUACAGCCACUGCUUCAGUAUCGACACUUAGCAUUAAAACCGUCUCUACAUCAACUACUUCCAAAUCAAACCCUGCAGCUGUCACUGAUUCCACAAGUACUGAUUCCAAAUUGACAUUCAGCACUAAAAGUGAUGUUACACAAACUGCCUCUGCAUCAUCAUCUACCAUUAUGAGUGCUUCCUCAUCAAUAUCCAGUACUAAAACUGAUUCUGCAUCAACUUCCUCCACAUCACUGCCUACAAUUGUUUCCCUUUCAACAAAACAGUCAUCUGCCACGGACUCUUCAGCAACUGCUGCUACACUGGUGUCUAGCUCCAACACUGACCCCACAGGACCCAAUGGGUGCAGUGCUACCAACAAUCAAUUCUGCAAAGACAAAAGUAAUGGUCUCUAUGAGUACACCGCCAAUCCACAUUAUUUCAUAGAGUGUUCUGAAGGAAGCUGCUUUUUAAUGUCUUGUCCUGCACAACUGGUUUAUUAUGCAAGUAAAGGAUAUUGUGACUUUCCUGCUAUCACUACUCCUAGUUCAGAUGUAACCACCACCACAACAACUGUAAUUCCCACUACAAUAACUUUGGCAGCUGCUACAUCACCAACAAGUACUGCAUCAUUUUCUUCAACAUCUCAUACUUUUCCAACAAGUCAGUCACCUACAACAGAAUCAGCCUUCCCAUCUAGUUCAUCAUCUACAACUACAACUACAAGUAGUACCUCUGUCAUAUCAUCUGCAUCAAAAUCAGACACAACAGUGUUUUCCUCCACAUCAGUACCUACUCUUAACACUAAUUCUGCACCCACUGCCUCCUCACCAACAAUCAGCACUAAAACUGACUCUGUACCAACCUCCUCUACAUCAAAACCUGGUACUUCCACUGAUUCUACAGCCACUGCUUCAGUAUCGGCACUUAGCAUUAAAACCAUCUCUACAUCAACUACUUCCAAAUCAAACCCUGCAGCUGUCACUGAUUCCACAAGUACUGAUUCCAAAUUGACAUUCAGCACUAAAAGUGAUGUUUCACAAGCUGUCUCUGCAUCAUCAUCUACCAUUAUGAGUGCUUCCUCAUCAAUAUCCAGCACUAAAAGUGAUUCUGCAUCAACUUCCUCCACAUCACUGCCUAUAAUUGUUUCCUUUUCAACAAAACAGUCAUCUGGAAUGGAUUCUUCAGCAACUGCUGAUACACUGGUGUCUAGCUCCAACACUGACUCCAUAGGUAUGGCAUCAUCUUCAGAUUAUCUAGAAUAUACCAUUAAAUGUCCCCAGAACAUGUCUCUUUGUAAGGAUUUGAUCAUAAUGGAAGUAGUUGUCUCCAGGCUAUAA